UUCCAAAAAAAAUAUCAAAUUAUCAUCAUCAUCAGAAAGGGUUUUUGCAGUUGCAGAUAAACCUCCAAAAAUCCCAAUUCAAAACCCUAACUCCACCUUCACUUCCCAUUUCAAAUCACCUCAGGUAACUCAUUAUUUACUCUCUUCAUUACAUAUUAUUGCCUGAUAGUUUUAUGUUUUUUCACUUAUGAACAUGGAACCCAGUCUCUCAUUGUCCUCAGUGUACGGCUCCUUUUCCACUUCUUUGCCCUUCUUUAUUUCUUACAAAUCUAAUUUUAUUGAAAAAUCCAAGUACCCAUCAGUCAAAUCCCUAGAUAAGUCCCAGUUUUUGGGGAAAAGUUUGGUUCUUGAACAUAGAAAUGGUGUAUUUGGUGAUACUUUGAGUAGGAAAAUUCGAACUCCGUUUCACCCUGUAAGGGCGGUUGUGAAGAGAAGAAAAGAGCUGCCCUUUGAUAAUGUAAUUCAAAGGGAUAAAAAGCUUAAAUUGGUGUUGAAAAUAAGGAAGAUUCUUGUGAGUCAGCCUGAUAGAAUUAUGUCACUUAGACAAUUAGGUAAGUAUAGGAGAGAAUUAGGUCUUCAGAAAAAGCGUAGAUUUAUCGCGCUGUUGAAGAAGUUCCCGUCCGUGUUUGAAAUUGUGGAAGAAGGGGCUUUCUGUUUGCAGUUUAAACUGACAGCUGAAGCAGAAAGAUUAUAUCAUGAGGAGUUGAUGGUUAGGAAUGAGGUGGAGGAUAUAGUGGUUGUUAAGUUGAGGAAGCUUUUGAUGAUGACGACUGAUAAGCGUAUAUUGCUGGAGAAAAUUGCGCAUUUGAAGAGUGAUUUGGGGUUGCCGAUAGAAUUUCGUGACACUAUUUGUCAUAGAUAUCCGCAGUUUUUCAGAGUUGUUGCGACUGAGAGGGGGCCGGCUUUAGAAUUGACUCAUUGGGAUCCUGAGCUUGCGGUAUCAGCUGCUGAAUUAUCAGCAGAGGAGAAUAGGGCUAAGGAGAUGAAAGAGAGGGAUUUAAUCAUUGAUAGGCCCCUCAAAUUCAAGAGGGUGCAGCUUCCUAAGGGUCUGCAGCUUUCUAAGGGUGAAAUGAGAAGGAUUUGCCAGUUCAGAGACAUGCCUUAUAUAUCUCCUUAUGCGGAUUUUUCUGAUAUAAAAUCAGGCACGCCAUUGAAGGAAAAGCAUGCGUGUGGUGUUGUUCAUGAGAUUUUGAGUCUCUGUAUUGAGAAGAAGACCCUUGUGGAUCAUUUUACUCAUUUUCGGGAGGAGUUUAGAUUUUCUCAACAGCUAAGAGGGAUGCUAAUAAGGCAUCCUGAUAUGUUUUAUGUUUCCUUGAAAGGUGAUAGGGAUUCUGUUUUCCUCAGGGAAGCAUAUCACCAUUCUCAGUUGAUUGAUAAAGAUCGCUUGUUGAUAAUCAAAGAGAAGCUCCGUUCUCUUGUCUCUGUUCCUAGAUUUCCAAGACGGGGUGCUGGCAAAAGGGACGCUGGUAUAGAAAAUGAAACCGUUGAGCAAGAAGAUGAAAGUGUUGAGGAAGGUGAAGAUUUGUCCGAUUUGGACAGUUUCUUGAGCGACAGUGAAGAUGACGAUGACGAUGACGAUGAUGAUUGGAGUGAUGAAGAAGAUGAUACACCCCCAGAUUUUGAUGAAGAUGAUAAUAGUGUGAAGAUUCGUGUGAAAACAUCAAAAGACCGGUCUGAUAGCUCAACAAAGACUGAAAAGAAAGUGCUAGUUCCUGCAUUUCCCGAUGGCCGGCCAAGAGAACGUUGGUAAAUGAGAUACAACUUGGCUUUGAACAGUGAGGCCCCGCCCGACUCUUGAGAUGUAGAGGCUGCCAUGAUCAACCUGGUGACAGUAGGUUGAUUUUUACAGAAGAAGGAUGUAAUUGACUUCUUUGCAGGUCCUGAAAACUUGUAAGCCCGAACCCUGCUGGCGAAUUUAAGUCUCAGGGGAAAAUUUGCAAUUAUUGGCAGGAAAACUAAUAUCUAAGUUUCUCCAUGUUACCUUUUUCCACAAGGAUUAGUCGGAGUGCCAGGGAAAGAUUUAUAGUAUAGAUAGUCCAAGUCCCCUAGUGUAUUUUCAGAGAUAUAGUUUGUAACGGAGGAAACUUAUCAGUAAAUACUUUGCAUGGACGCAUAUCAUUGUAACCUGUUCCGACUAUGUUAUAGUUUUCAUUUUGUCUUUUGUAAAUCUAAAACAUUUAUGUUAUGCAUCAAUGUUUUCUUCUAA